CGAUGUAGUUCGAGAAGAAGACAAAGAAGAGACGUUACCUAAGGUCGAAGAAAAGACGGUAGAGGCGGUGUGUGUGUGAAGAAGAGUUAACGGCGUUUAGUGAAGAAGAAAACGACAACGUGGGAUGCUACUGUCUGUGUCAGGGUGAAGAGAGAGGAGAGAGAGUAGUAGUAGCUGACAGUUAAUGAAGAUUUUUGUCUGUAUUCUGAAACAAGGUCGAAUGUUGGAGACUAAGGAAACAAAAAAAGCUUUGUGGCUCAUGAGGCUCUCAAAUAGCGGCACCGCUCCUCUCAACUCUUUUUAACCUAAAUCCCUAAUUCUUCUCCCCAUCCUCAUCUUUUAAGUGGCACUGAGAGAGAGAGAUAGAUAGAGAGAGAGAGAGACAAAAUAGAGUGAGCCUUUGUUUUGUUCUUGUGGGUGUUUUUAAGGUUUUCUUCUUCUUCUUUUUCUAUGUUUCCGACUUCAGUCUAAAGAGACCAGCCUUUUCUCUGUUUCUCCUCUGCCUUUUCUUUUUUUUCUUGGAUUUUUGGGUUUUGUUUCUGUUUUGAAGGAUAAAGCUUUUGAUUAUCUCUAAGGUUUCCACUGCAGAGACAAAGCAUAACACAAAAGGGUAUCCGAGUUUCUUUUUCUAUUUUUGUGUGUUGUUGUGCUUUUUAAUCGGGGUUCAAGGUUCUACAGAGGUGGUGUUUCUGGUAAAAGUUGAGACCUUUUUGAGUUGAAAUUACAGAGAGAGAGAGAGAGAUUGUGUGUGUUUUAGUUUUAAUGGGAACAAGAGCAGAGCGUAAUAAGGAAGAUUUUGUUGGUGGUGGUGGGUUGGGAUUUGGAGUUGUGGAACACUCGCAUCGAGACGCUAUGGUACUACCCAAUAAUCAUCAUUACCCAUCAUACCCAUCGCCUUCCUCUUCUUCCUUCUGUUACUGCUCUGCUGGUGUUGGCGAUCCCAUCUUCUCUGCUUCAAGCAAUCAGGGAUACACUUCCUCUCUCGGUGAAAUGUUCUCACUCGCCGGUUCUAACUCUGCUGCUGUUUCACUUGCAGAUCCUUACUUCACCUUGAGCUCUUCAGGAGAGAUGGCAAGAAGUAUGAGUGAAAAGGAAGGUGCAGCUUUCAGUGAAGCUCAAUGGCAGGAGCUUGAGAGGCAGAGGAAUAUAUAUAAGUACAUGAUGGCUUCUGUUCCUGUUCCAUCUGAGCUUCUCACACCCUUUCCCAAGAACAUGCCAAACACUAACAAUCAAGAUGGUAAGAUCUCCCUAGCUUUCUCACUUGAGCAGCUUCUUCAGAUUCCUGUUAUUGUCAGUUUCUUGGUUACAUGUGGUCUUGAUCUCUUGUUAUCAUUGACAGUGGCAGUGGCUAAAGGAGGUUCAUUGAAGCUGGGGAUUGCUUCAAACGCAAGCAACAACUCAGGUGAUAUGGAGCCAUGGAGGUGCAAGAGAACGGACGGGAAGAAAUGGAGAUGCUCUAGAAACGUGAUUCCUGAUCAGAAAUACUGUGAGAGGCACACACACAAGAGCCGUCCUCGUUCAAGAAAGCAUGUGGAAUCAUCAUCUCACCACAGUGACACUCGUCCCUCUAAGAACGAUACUAACCUGUUUGCUAGAAGUUAUCCCCAGUUUUACGGACAACCCGUAAGCCAGUUCUCUCUGCCUUCUGCUCUUCCGUCUCCCACCUCUCCAUAUGAUCACAACAGAGAAAUCAGGUGGUUUAUGAAAGAAAAAGACGCCGUAGCAACAGCUUUAAGCCCGGGGAUUCAUGAACCUGCACAGCUGAAGGUUGGAUCAAGCAGAGAGCUGAAACGCGGAUUCGAUUACGAUCUGAAUUUCAGGCAGAAGGAGCCAUUAGUAGACCAGAGCUUUGGAGUAUUGCAGGGUCUGUUGAGUCCAAACCAGACACCACGUAGCCAAGAGACGAGGCGGUUUUUCGUAGAAGGGGAUCAAGAUGAAGCAAUGGGAAGCUCUCUGACACUGUCAAUGGCUGGAGGAGCGAUGGAGGAAGCCGAGGGAACAAACCAGCACCAGUGGAUUAGCCACGAAAGACCAUCGUGGCUCUGUUCAACAACACCAGGUGGUCCAUUGGCUGAAGCACUGUGUCUUGGUGUCUCCAACAACAACCCAAGCACUAGUACUACUACUAGUAGCUGCAGCAGAAGCUCAAGCUAA